CAUUUACUUUUUACUCUAACCGGGGAAAUAAAAAAUAAUUUUUUAAUAUGAAAUAUGUUUGUUUUUUCUUUUAACAUGAGUUUUCUUGAUUUUGUUCGAGUCUGGAAAAUACAACCUCUAUGCUGUGGGUCUAUAGAUGGUUUCAAAGUUUAAUUUCCGAAACUAGCUGGUGUUUAAGUAAUCGGUGUUGAAUGCUAAGUGCUGUCUUCGCGAGGAUUAGGGUUUGGGAAUGAAAGGGUCCUGUGUGGAAUGCAGCGAUGGCUGAUGUUAUGGAAUUGCAGUAGCAGAAAAAAAUGUCGGGAUCAGAGACAGGAGUGAUGGCCAGUGUGGAGUCCUUAAACGUGAGGCAUCAGAAUAGUCCGGCACCAUCACAACCAGUCUUGCAAAACAUAAGCAUGGCCUACGGUGCUGAUGGCACGACCGAGUACAAGCAUCUUGCUGCUAUUACCCCACCAACCUACCACUCCUCAACCGCUGUCACUGGCACUAUUAUUAACGGCACCGAUGCCGGGCAGGGGGGCGGAACAUCAGGAAUCAACGUCAACAUGGUCAGUGAGCCGCUGAAGAGGAAGAGAGGGAGGCCGAGGAAAUACGGGCCAGAUGGCGCCAUGGCAUUGGUCUCGGAGCCCAAACCUCUCGCGGUUUCCGUGAACCAGUCCAGCGGAGGACCUGCGUCACCCACUUCCACGUCCUUGAAGAAAGUCAGAGGCAGACCCCCCGGUUCCAGUAAGAAGCAACAGUCGGAGGUUCUUGGAUCAGCUGGACUUGGAUUUACACCACACGUUAUUACUGUGAAAGCUGGAGAGGACGUGUCAUCAAAAAUCAUGUCCUUUUCUCAGCAUGGUCCAAGGGCUGUUUGCAUCCUCUCAGCAAACGGAGCCAUAUCCAAUGUGACACUUCGUCAAGCUGCGACAUCUGGCGGAACUGUGACUUAUGAGGGACGGUUUGAGAUCCUAUCACUAUCUGGUUCUUUUCUUCUAUCUGAAUAUGGUAGUCAGCGGAGUAGAACUGGUGGAUUAAGUGUAUCCUUGUCUGGACCAGAUGGCCGUGUUUUAGGUGGCGGAGUUGCUGGACUUUUGACAGCUGCUUCGCCUGUGCAGGUUGUUGUAGGGAGCUUCAUUGCAGAUGGUGGGAAGGCACCAAAGUCCGCAAACCAAUUGAAAAUAUUAUCUGCCCCCCCAAAGUUGGCACCAGUCAGUGGUCCAGUGGGGCAGAGCAGCUCCCCAUCGCGGGGCACUCAUAGUGAAUCGUCAGGAGGGCCUGAGAGCCCACUUAACCCGAGCACAGGAACAGCCUGCAAUAGCAGUAAACUACAAGGCAUUUCGUGCAUGCCGUGGAAGUAAAAAAAUUCAUGUCUUCUCAUUAAUUCACUAAUUUAUGCAGUAGUGGUGGGGUUGAUGCUUGUGUCUCUCUUACCUCGUCUUAUUUUACCGUUUGAGAGGCAUAUAUGUAACAUUUGUUAUGAGUAGUGAGUAUCAGGUCGGGAAGGGAUGUAGUACGGUUGUAUAAUCAAACUUCUAAUAGGCUAUUUGUAGUGGUUUAGUCUGGUACUUGAGGCAUGGUAUGCUCCUUGUAUUAUUCAGGAUGCGAUUUCGUUUUUCCUGUAUUAUUAGUUGUAACGUAAUUUUGAUGUU